AUGUCUGGAAUCGAAGUCUUGGGCGCAUUACCACUGAUUAUAGCUGGUAUCGAAGCAUACAAUGACGGUCUCGAUCCAGUAAAGAGCUUCAUGCGAUGGGAACGCGAGCUACCGGCCCUCAUUCGCAAGCUCCGAAACCAGCAUGUGCAUUAUGCGCAAACGAUUCGUAUACUCCUUGAGCCCAUCGCGGACGAAUUCGAGCUCGCGGAGCUUCUGCAAGAGCCGAACGGACAGUUAUGGAAGGGUGACAAAAUGGCGCGCAAGUUGAGCGAGCGGCUGGGAGACUCUUACAAUGCGUACCAGGGCACAAUCGGGGACAUAGAGCGCAUUACAAAGAAGAUCGCCAGCAAGUUGGACCUCGAUCGGGCAGCUGAGCUCACACGGAACGAACUCGAAGCUAUGCUGGUAGCCAACCCCAAGAAAGGAAACGAUCGGUUCGAAUUCCGUAGAAGGGUGAAAUUUGGAAUGUCCAAGAAGUCAAUCAAAGCAUUGCUCGAAGAGUUGGACGACUGCAACAAGGAGCUCGAAAGAUUUACCGACAAAAGCGAAAGAAUCGAGACAAUUCGCCGGAAAAUAAUCAAGCCGUCGUUUGCGAACCGCCUGCAGCGCAUUCAGAAAUAUGCUUUCACGUUGCACGAAACGCUCUCUACGUGUUGGUCUUUAUCAUUCUCAAGCGAUGCAGCAGACUCACAGUUGUGGGGUUGGCAAGCAGCAGAGAUUCUCGUAGAAGACGAGGAGGAUGACGACCUCUCGUUGCCUCGACCGCCCACGUUAUCGAAAUCGCGGAAAACAGUCUCCUUCGGGGAUAAGCCGCCACCGCCUUAUUCUGUGGACGACCCUACAACCUCUGGAGCUAGCCCGUCUUCACUUGAGGAGAUCAAAGAUUUGUGCGCGUCAAUUCAAAAACUCCACAAAAGUUCACCCUGCAUUGGCUUCUCUUUCGACACAAAAAGUAGAUUGCGGGGCGCGUAUACGGUAGAUACACUUACCAGAAAGCAAGUUGCUCCUUCCGAGCUGCUUACAUUGGAACAGCUUCUCGAUCAGCCGCCUACCAUUAAAGGAAGAGUUGUUAAACUGAGCAAGAAGGAACGAUACAGCCUGGCUCUUACACUUGCAAGCAGCACCCUGCAGCUAAACGCAACACCAUGGUUCAAAGAUCAGUGGUGCGCGAAGGACGUUUUCUUCCAUCAGACCGAGAGUGGCCCCCGGCUAGUAGACAUUGACCGACCAUAUGUCGUGCCGAAAAUCGAAGUUCUGGCGACUCUCACCAGUCGUCCAAAGAGGAGCUUCCAGAACAAGAAUACCGUCUUGCUAGCGCUUGCGGUUGCACUGUUGGAGCUAUAUUUUGGCGUCAGUGCGGAGAACCAUCGUAAUCUAGAGACACAACCCGCCGGAGCCUUCAAUCCUUGGAUGCUUUGCGCCAUGGCUUAUGAGUGGGCGGACGAGGAACAAGAGAACCUCUCAGCAGCUUUUUCAGGUGCAGUGAAUCACUGCUUGCGUUGCUUUAAUGAUCCUAGUGCCAACUUGCAAGACGCUGAAUUCCUGCAAGCGGCCGUGGAGUGUAUCGUGCUCCCGUUGCAAGAAGAGCUCCAUCAAUUCCUGGGUAAGGCCGGUCCAUGA